AUGUUGCAGCAGCAGCAGAAUCCGAUGGAGGCUCUGACCGUCAAGCUAUCCAAUUCAUCCAUGGGCCAAUCAAGCGCGGCUGGUGGUUCGCAAUCUGUUGAUCACAUUGCCGGCAGCAUCACCGAAUUCUUGUAUGACCCGCAGGCCCAUAACACCUUUGAUUCCUGGUACAAGCGAUACGAGGACUUGUUCUCUGUCGAUCUGGCUGCCCAGGACGAUGCAUGGAAGGUCCGACUUCUACUUCGCAAACUGGGUCCGGCUGAACACGAGCGUUAUGCCAACUUCAUCCUCCCCAAGAAUCCCCGAGAAGUCACUUUCAAGGACACGGUUCAGACGUUGUCGCAGAUUUUUGAUGAACAAUCAUCCCUUUUCAACUCUCGAUUUCAGUGCCUGCAAAUGUGCAAACGAAAUGCCGAUGACUUCAUCACGUAUGCGGAUAUUGUCAAUCGUGAGUUUGGGCGUUUACACUCGGUCCUCUCACUGAAGAUCAGUUUAAAUGCCUUAUAUUUAUCUGAGGCCUCCAGUCCCCCAAGGAUACUGAUAUUCGGACACGUCUCCUGUCCAAAGUGCAGCAGAACAACUCUACCACACUCAAAGAGCUGGCAGCAGAGUGCCAAACGCUGAUCAACCUCAAGCACUACUCUGUACUGAUUCAGAACCCUGCUUCAUCUUUCUAUGUCCAUUUGGUCACAUUGACCAAAUCGCGGCCUAAGCAAGUGUCGAAGACGAGAUCACCGCCAUCCCCUUGUCGGUUCUGUGGCGCGUGGAAUUUCCAACGGAAUUGCACAUUCCGCCAGUAUCGCUGCCAAAGCUGUAAUCAGGUGGGACACCGUGAUGGGUUCUGCAAAUCAGUACCAGCUUCUGGGGACAAGCCAAUCCCCGCCAUUCCUUAUUCCAGACACCGUUUCCGGCCAGAACGCAAGCCCAAACACCAGUCCGUUGGUAAUUCUCUCAGUCUCUUGGCUGCUUCCCAGCUCAUUGCGUCUGGUCGUAGAAAAUUUGUUGACGUUUUGCUCAAUGGCCAUGCAGUUUGCCAACAGUUAGAUACAGCCUCAGAUAUCACUAUCAUCUCUGAGAGCCUCUGGCAGUCCCUUGGCAGCCACAUGAUGCAGCAGACUUCCAAGUCCGCCACAAGCGCGUGCGGUGGUCUCGUUCGGCUAAUUUGGCAACUGCAAUGCUGUGUGUCGUUCCGCGGUACCAGCAUCACUGCAGUCUGCUACAUCACCCAAGUCUGACCUCAACCUACUUGGUCUCGACUGGAUUGAACAACUUGGGUUGGCCGGUAUGCCGCUCCGAGUUGUUUGCAGUCAGGUGCAGAGUCCCGCUGUGCUUGCAGACCAAGCCAAAGACAUUCUCCAACGGUUUGCCCCAGUGUUCCAAGACGUCCUGGGUAGUUGCGCAUACAGUCAAGUCGUGCUACAUCUGUCUCCUGGAAGUCAAUCAGUCUUCCGUACAAAGCGACCAGUCUCAUAUGCAGCUCUACCACUUGUCGAGGCUGGACUGAAGCGUCUAGAGGAAAUGGGAGUUCUGGUUCCUGUAUCCUACUCCGCCUGGGCCGCUCCAAUCAUUGUGGUUAAGAAGCCCAGUGGCUCGAUUCGCAGUUGUGCGGACUUCUCCACCGUUCUCAAUGCAGCACUGACUCCGAACUGCUACCCAUUGCUGGUUCCGGCUGAUCUUUUCACCCUGCUAAAUAGUGGCACUUGCUUUGUCUAG